AAAAGAAUCUGGAAGGGAGCCCUGGAGAUCAGCCAGGCAAAAGGGUGCAUGGCUUAUGGCUGCAGCAAGACUUCUCCAGUAGCCCUGGUCCCUGCUUUGCAGGUCUGCCCCAGAGUUUUCAUCAUGGGGGACAUGAAGACUCCAGAUUUUGAUGACUUGCUGGCUGCUUUUGACAUUCCUGAUCCAACCAGCCUUGAUGCAAAGGAAGCCAUUCAAACAGCUGGGGAGGAGAAUGAAAACCAUCUCAAGCAGUCAGGAAUUUGUAUUGAUGAAAAUGCAUCCUUGUCCCACACAACAUCAGCUUCUGAUGUCCCUGUCGUCAGCGUUAUUGUGAAGAAUACAUGUCGUCAAGAGUCAUUUGAAGCAGAGAAGGAAGGCAACCACCUUGGCCCAGGCCUGUUACACAAUGGAUUCCGUGGCUCCGAUCUGCCUCUUGAGACCCAUAACUAUGGGAAAUUUGAUUCUGCCUUCAUCAAUGGUGAUGGCUUGAGGAACUAUCCUGAAAAAUUGGAACAGUCAAAGCCAGAGCCAUUACCAACAUUCAGUCAGUUCAGCCCUAUCUCUAGCCCAGAACCAGAAGAUGCAUUGAAAGAGAACAGUAUUGUAGAUAAACCUAAACUUGCCCAAACCUCAUAUUUCCCACCACAUCCAAUGUAUAUUCCAUCUGGGUCAUCGGUGUUAGAUCUCCUUAGUAGGACCCUGCCAGAGCCAGAGUUUAGUAGAUUUAUGUCAACUGGACCAUCACUGCUAGAUCUCCUUAGUAAGAAACUACCAGAACCAGAAUUAAGUAUGUUUGAUCAAUACUGUAAAAGAGACCCAAAGAUAGAUGUGCAUGGACUGCAAGAAACUAGAUUGGAUGUGGGCAGGAGGGAACGUGACAAGAGCCCAGAGAAACGUGAAACAUCCAGCAAAGAUCUUGCAGACACGAACAAUUUCCUUGGUGAAGGUUUGCCACUUGGCAACUUCCAUAGCAAUAACUUAGAAGGUAAAGGAGCUGUGCCUGAGAUGAACUUGUCUUCAUCAGUCCCACCUCGCCAGCGCAUCAAACCUGCUCAUUCUAAAUUGUCAUCCUGCGUGGCUGCACUUGUAGCCCUUCAGGCCAAAAAAGUGGCAGGUUUCUCAAAAGAGGAUCAGACAAAUGUGACAAAAGAGCCUGCUGGUCCCUUUAAAGAUGGCAUUAAGGGAAGUCCCAAAAUGCCAAAGUCACCAAAAAGUCCAAAGAGCCCCCUCGAGAUUGUGAGAAAAGUCAAUAAGCAGCCGGAGUCUCCAAGGAGCGUGUGCAGUGACACUAGUAGCAAAGGCUCUCCUUCAGUAGCAACUGGUUCUCCCCCAGCAAUCCCCAAAGUCAGGAUCAAGACUAUUAAAACCUCUUCUGGAGAAAUCAAAAGAACAGUAACAAGGAUCUUGCCAGAAGCAGAUGAUUUUGGCAAAUCCCCCCAAGAAUCGCCGGCAGAGAAUUUAGUAACGGAAGAAUUUGUUAAAGUCUUUCCUUCACCAGAUCAAGCUGCAUCCAUGGAGAUGGAGUCAAGCAAGGGGUUUGCUAAAGCAACUACUCCAGAGGCAAACCUAGCAAGCCCUCAAGCAGAAGGCAUGAUUCCAGACAUUCCGGUAAACAGCAUCCCUGGUGUGUCUCUGCUGGCAAACAGUAGCAGUGGAACAAUAAAAGUAGGCAGUGGAGGACAGCAGUCAGGCAAGAAGCAACACCCAGGUGUGGCAACCCAGGCCUCUAACCCUGCCAGCCUCCUUCCUAAAGCUGUGCACUUGGCCAAUCUCAAUUUAGUUCCCCACAGUGUUGCUGCUUCUGUGGCUGCAAAAUCAUCUGUGCAGCGCCGUGGUCAGUCCCAACUAACCCAAAUGUCAGUGCCACUUGUGCACCAAGUCAAGAAAGCUGCUCCUCUUGUUGUGGAGGCAUUCAACAAAGUGUUGCAUGGUGCCAAUCCUGUGCCAAUCUAUACUCCAAACCUCAGCCCUCCUCUUGACAGCAGUAUUCAUGUUCCGGCCUCCGGAUAUUGUUGCCUGGAAUGUGGUGACUCGUUUGCCUUAGAAAAAAGUCUCACCCAGCACUACAGCAGGAGGAGCGUCCACAUUGAGGUCAUGUGCACUCAGUGUUCAGCAACAUUGCUUUUCUUCAACAAGUGUAGCUUGCUCAAACAUGCAAGGGAUCACAAGAGCAAAGGCUUCAUCAUGCAGUGUUCUCAGCUGUUCAUGAAACCCAUUUCCUUAGACCAAAUGUUUUCACCUUCUCCAACAACAAGCUCAUUGACAUCUUCAACCUCUCAGAGUGCGCGUUUGCCUUCCCUCCCACAUAAGACUUGCACUACACCAGGUAGUGGGACUGGGGGUUCAACAAACAGCCAGCCAGCUCUGCCUCUGUACACGGACCCAUUGAGGUUAAUUCGUCAUGGAUUAAAGUGUUUUGAAUGUAAUAAGCAGGCACUAGACUAUAUAGCCCUAGCAGCACAUUAUCAGAGAACCUCAGAAGACAACGAGGGACUGACAUGUCAAGUGUGCCAGAUGCUGUUGCCUAACAAGUGCAGUUACUGUGCUCAUCAAAGAAUCCACGCUCACAAAUCCCCUUAUUGCUGCCCAGAGUGUGGUGCCAUUUGCCGGUCGGCAUAUUUCCAAACCCAUGUCAAAGAGAAUUGCCUGCAUUAUUCACGCAAAGUUGGCUACAGGUGCACUCACUGUGGGGUUGUCUUCAUGUCACAAGCAAUGCUGAAAGUGCAUAUUCAUGAGAAACACUGUGAAGUUUUCCACAAGUGUUCAUUCUGUCCCAUGGCCUUCAAGUCUGCAGAUAGCACCACUGCUCACAUCACUAGCCAGCACCCUGCAGAACCUCACAAGACAUCUCAGGUGAUCUACAAAUGCUCUUGUGAGACUGUCUUUAACAAGAAGAGGCUUCUGCAAGAACACUUCCAACAAAAUGCCAAUAGACUGAUGGUAGGAGUGUUCAAGUGUCCGCACUGUCAGCUGGUAUAUAUGCAGAAACUUCAGUUAAUGCAGCAUGUCAAGAGCGUCCAUGGAGUCCCUGAUAAUCCUGAGGACCUUACUAGCAUCCGACAGAAGGCAGAGACAACAGCUAACAGUAAUAUCCUCCCAAUUUCAAAGGAGCUGUCAGUAAUCAAUGGUACUUCCCAGACUUCUUUGGCCACAAAAGAUAUGAGUCCAGAAUCAAAGCCCAAGCAAAAACCUUGCAAUUGGACUUGUCGGGAGUGUUCACAAUUGAUCCCUGAUCGAGAAACCUAUGUGUCUCAUAUGAAGAAAAGCCAUGGAAAGAAUGUGAAGCGAUAUCCCUGUCGACAGUGUGAUCAGUCAUUCAAUGCCACCAAUAGUCUACGCAGACAUAUUCGCAAUAAUCACGAUACAGCAAAGAAAGUUUACACCUGUUGCAUACAAAAUUGCUGCGCAGGUGCAGUAUAACCCAUUUGUGUGGAAUCGCAGAUGACCACUCGAAGAACUACAGUUACAGGUAAGCAACCUGUCCUUUAAACCUAGGAUAUGGAAAGUAUGGCUCCUUAGAUGUGGUUGGGCUCCCACUAACCCUCCUCAUAUAUUGGCUAGAAGUGUUGAGAAGUGGCAGUCCAGCAAUAUCUUGAGUGCAAUACAUUAUCCCCAUGGGAGUUCCACUGGUUUAAAGUUUGAAGAAGAAAAUGCUCCUCUCCCCUUUUUACUAAAGUACAGCUUUAGGAAUGAACCAGACUGAGUAAUGUUGAGCAGGAAAGUGAAUUUUGCUGUUUGCAACGCAAUGUACUGGAGCAACACAAUGUACCUUGAAUCAGAUGGUUUAGUCUUCAGUUUCAACUCCUACACUUCACAGACAGCAUGAUGGUUACAAUUCCCACCAAGACAAAGACAAAACAGAUCCUUGUCCCCUGUAAUCUCUUACCUUUUCUCUAGAAGGGAAACAGUUCUUAUUGUCUCCCAUUGUACAGAUAAGAUCUAGGGCUAAGGUCACCUUUGUUGUCUCGGGAACAGAAUAUUCUUUGCUACUCAUCCGUGGCUCUUGGCAAUGAAUCCUAUAAAUGUGUAUAUUUGACAUGCAGAUUUUUGUCACAGUGGUUCAGCUGUUCUUAAAUAUUGCUUAAAGACUAUCCCAUGAACCAUAUCUUUUUCUGGAAGCCUACGUCAACUCACAGGUUCAUAUUUAGAGCCAACUGUGUUGAUUUGAAACCUGGAAUUUUUUGGGAGAGCCACUGUUGGAUAGAAUCAAAAUAUAACAUGUGAACUGGGCCACUAGGAACAAGGGAAUAAUGGGAUGUGUGGGCAGAAUUAGAUAAUGGAUAAGCAGUUGUGUCCCAGACUGUGUUAGCUGCCUGCUAUGAAAUUGGCUUUUUUUUAAUUGAAGUCCUUUGAAAUGACUUUUCAUUUAGUUGGAUUUAAUGUCAUAAGUAUUUGAUAGAAUCAUAGAUAAUGACUUUUUAUCAUGUGUUUUUAUCUGCACUUUUUAAAAAUGUUUUUAAUCUUGCUCUGAGCUGCCCUGAGUAACAGUUUUUGGGGAAAAGCAAACUAUAAAACAGAAAACAAAUUGAUUUGACCAUUAAGUGGAGGUCUGAAGGCAAGAACUGAAGGACAGGGUGGGCUUUUAUUGAAGAGAGUUAGACAACAGGGUUGCUUAGCUCUUCUCCUGGCCACUGAUUUUCUUGCAGCUUCCCACUCCCCAAUCUGGGUUUAUUUCUACAUUGGGUUAUCUGGAUAAAUAAUGAGAGAAAUAACAACAACAACAACUUAUUUAUAUGCCCCCCCCUCCCUGUAGGAUUUCCCCGUAGCGGGGUGUGUGUGUGUAUGUGUGUGUGUGUGUGGAGAGGAAGGACUGAAAAAUGAAAGGGUUAAAUUUUGGACAAGUGUAAGUUGAUACUGUUUGUUUUCACCGUGCAACUAGCCUUUUUCCAAACCUCACCCAACAUGGAUACCCAACAUGGAAAUUAUAGUCCCAAAUUAAUUUGUCUGGGUUCUGAGCCGCCUUACUUAUUCCUGGUCUUGUUUCCUUCCUGGAAGAUCUUUUUUUCUUUUACAUUCUCGUUCUGGGAAAUGAAGAGUAAACAUAUUUUUAAAAAUUCCACAAAGACAAAAGACUAUAAUUAGGAUAUAAUUUAAUUAUUAGAUUUUUUUCCCCACUUGAUAAUUUUUUCUGGGUUUGUUUGUUUUUGAAACAUUUAGGUUUUAGUUGCAAUUAUUAUUUUUCAUCUGUAGAUAAUGUAUAAUAUUAAUAAAUACUGAUAAUAGAGAAUUAUUUUUAAAAUAACAUCUAGUUAGUCAUCAAGUUGAGAGGCGACACAUUUUUCUUUUACAAAAAAAUUAGUGGCUCUGAAACAAGGCACAGGUUUGCAAGGUCCUUUGCUUUUGUUUGUGGCUUCAUUCUUGCUUAGCACUUUAGUACUAAUCGAGUUUGGCUGUAACUUCUGAAUUGGCAAACUGAAGCUAGCAGUUCCCAUGGUUUCCAGUUGUGUUUUGGAGGAUUAAUAUUAACCAUACUUAACUGUUUCUGACAUUACAGCAAAAGCUGGUUGAACAGCAACCAGUAACUUAAAAUGAAACUGAGCAUGAAGGAAGAAUGUGGGCACGAGGGAGGAAUUCUGAUGGUUUGCAAGUUUGAAAAGCUAGUUCUGGUGUAUGAAAAGUUACUUUUGAAUUAGCUCCUCCCCCCCCCCCCACAGAAUCCCAUAGCCACCAUAGCUGGGGAGAACUUGGGAGUUUGUAUGCAAAAAAUAAGCUUUCCCAUACGCAGAAGAAUCGGUCAAAUUGAACCUAAUGGUCUUCUGAUUUCACAGAGUUGCCUAAGCAAAAAGACAGCCCCUCUCAGUCUUAACUUUCAAAAUGCUGAUAGUGAAGAAGGCAGAAGAUGGAAUGAGUGCUAGCAAAGAAUGAGAGCAAGAAUCUACUAAUUGCAUUAUCUUG